UAGAGGCCCGGCAAGAUGGCGGCCGGCGAGAGCAGCGGCGGCGGCGAUGACGACGAGGAGGCAGAGCUGGUGAGCUUCGGCACGCCGUUGGAGCCCCUGGAGGAGGGUGAGCGAAUUAAGAAACCAGUUCCUCUCCAAGAGCAGACUGUCAAAGAUGAGAAGGGACGGUACAAACGUUUCCAUGGAGCAUUUAGUGGUGGUUUCUCUGCUGGCUACUUUAACACAGUGGGCUCAAAAGAAGGAUGGGCACCAUCAACCUUUGUAUCAUCACGUCAAAACAGAGCAGAGAAAACGGUUCUGGGACCAGAAGAUUUUAUGGAUGAAGAGGAUCUUGGUGAACAUGGGAUAGCACCAAAGGAAAUUUCAAUUACAGAUGAAUUUGCUUCCAAAAGCAAAGAUAAAAUAAAAGAGAAGGCCAAACAACUUGCAGGAGUUGUUGGCCCAAUCCCUGGAGCCACUGUGUUGGAUGAAUUUAUAGCACCUGCAAAAAUAACCAUUGGUAUUGACUUGUUGCGAAAAAUGGGCUGGAAAGAAGGACAAGGAGUUGGGCCUAGAGUAAAGAGGAAACCACGGAAGCAGAAGCCUGAGCCUGAAGUGAAAAUAUAUGGCUGUGCUUUGCCCCCUGGAUCUGAGGAGUCGGAGGAAGAAGAGGAUGAAUAUCGCCCAGAAAACGUGACGUUUGCACCCAAAGAUGUUGUGCCUGUAGACCUAACUCCUAAAGAUAACGUCCAUGGACUUGGGUACAAAGGCUUGGAUCCCACCAAAGCCUUAUUUGGCUCUUCAGAAGAACACAUCGACCUUUUUAACCCCAGUGCUCAAAACUCAAAUCUUGGAGAUCUGCGCCACAGUAAAGGGCGGAAGCUUGGCAUUUCAGGCCAGGCUUUUGGUGUAGGAGCUUUAGAAGAUGAAGACGACGACAUUUAUGCAACUGAAUCACUUUCUAAAUAUGAUACUGUUUUAAAAGAUGAGGAACCUGGAGAUGGGUUGUAUGGAUGGACAGCACCUAAGCAGUAUAGAAGCAAGCAGGGAACAGAGAGAGAACAUAAGUACAUUGGGAAAAUUUUGGAUGGUUUCUCACCAGCACCUAAGCCUGUAACUUCUCAAAAGAUUUAUCCUCCUCCUGACCUGCCAAGGGAUUACAGACCAGUCCAUUACUUUCGACCUGUGCUAAAAGUUAGCAGUGAAAACUCUCAUUUAGUGCAGACAUUAGCAGAAUCCACUGGGAAACUUGAGAGUGAUGCAGCACUGCAAAGCAGACACCAGAAGACUGCUGCUCAGCGGAGGGAGUUGCUGGGCGAGAAGUGUCUGGAAGGUCCAGCGACUUCCGUUCUGGAAUAUUUGUCAGAUAAAGACAAAGAAAGAAUCCGAGAAGUGAAACAGGCAGCAGAGCAGCAAGUGAAAGCUCCAGCGCUCCAGCCUCAGGGGCCCUUGCCUGACAGAUCCCAGGUGUCUGUGUUACCUGUUACUCCACAGAGGUGGCAAUUGGUGCUAGGAACCCAGUUGGCCACCACUGGAUCUAGUGACUUCAAACCAUUUGCAAAAAAUCCAGAAAAACAAAAGAGAUACGAAAAUUACAUAGAAGGUCUUAAAGAUGGAAAGAAAGAUGUGCUAGAAAGCUGCUUAGAUCACAGUAUGACCGAGUGGGAGCGUGGAAGAGAGCAAGAUGAGUUUUCUCGCGCUGCCCUGCUCUACAAGCCCUCCAGCUCUGUUUUGGCCUCAAGGUUUACCACUGCAAAGCAUGAAGAUGACACAGAAAAAGUUGAAGUUCCUCGUGAUGAAGAGACAGCUGUCAAUGACAAAGAGGCUGCUGCAAAGAUGAAGAUGUUUGGCAAGCUGACAAGAGAGGUGUUUGAGUGGCACCCGGACAAAUUAUUGUGCAAAAGGUUUAAUGUUCCUGAUCCCUAUCCAGAGUCAUGUAUUGUUGGACUGCCCAAAGUGAAACGUGACAAGUAUUCUGUGUUCAACUUCUUGACAGUAUCAGACUCAACAUCAAGCGUGUUGAGCCAACCCACAAAAGCAGGAAUGCAAGAAAAUAAUGCUUCAAACAAGCCAAAGAAACCAUCUAGAUGGGAUGUAUCUGACAAAGAGAAGAAGAAAAAUGAUGCCAUUAGUGAGUUCAUUAGCGUGGCUAGAUCAAAGGUUGUACAGGAGGUACAGUCGCCAGCACUGGUUGAAGCAAAGGACAAAAACAGAAAAACUGGAGCUGUUUCCAACAAGACACUAAGUGAAAGUACUGGUCAGAAUGAAGAAACAGAAGUAGAAGAAGAAAGCAGGCCAUCAAUGGAUUUAUUUAAGGCCAUCUUUGCCAGCUCCUCAGAUGAAAAAUCAUCUGAAGAAGAGAGCGAUGGAGAAGAGCAAACAACACCAAUGACAGAACCAGAUUCUGAAAGUCUGAAGCCUAGUGAUGUGUCAAGCGCUCCUUCACUUCAUAAACAAGAAAGUGAAGUAACCACACCCAAGCUUUCUGUUACCUUAACACCACCCCCAAUGGACGUAGUUGAUCCAGGAGAGGAAUUUGGACCAAGAUUGCCACCAGUUGCUGCUUCUGACAUUCCUUUGAAGCAUGAAGAAAUCCAACCUGCAAGCUCUCCUGAAGCCGCUAAGAAAGCAAAAGCUAAAAAGAGCAGAGAAAAACACAAGACCAAGAGAGAGCACAAACACAAAAAGGAGAAGAAAAAGAAACACAAGAAAAGUAGGCACAAGGGCAAACACAAGAAUAAGAAAUCGGAGAAAAACAGUGACUUGGAGAAAAACAGUGGCUCGGACACAGCCGAUAGCAGCAACAGUGAGGAAGAGACCACAGAAAUCCCACCACAGGAACUUCUCAGAAGGCUGAAACAUCUUCCACUUGUGAAGCGAUAGUUCGGAUUUUUAAACAUCUUUUGGUCUCAAAAUGGAUCUCCUCUAUGAUGGCAGAUCAACAGUGCAAAGCAUAUUUGAAUGUUCUGUAAAUACUGUAUUUAUGUUGGCUUUGAUAGCAUAAAAACAUACAAGUUGAAUUUAUGAUUUCAGAGUAAAAAUAAAAGGAAAUGUGGUUUAUGUUAGAGAAGUUUGUUCAACUUUAUUGUAAUAUGAAAAGGAAUCAUGAAAAUUAUGCAUCUUAAAGAGGAUGAGCAUGAAGAAAUUUUAAUAAAGUAAAUUUACUGAUCUUA